ACCUGCGUGGUGUGACCGUGGGACAUUGACCCACUUUCAGCCAACACCACUCUCCGCUCCGUUUGAAUGCGCAGCGCGGGGAGCGCGUGGCGCGCCGUGGAUCAGAGUCUCGUGCCCAAAGGACGCGCGCUCACUGCCACAGCGCGAGCUGCACGAUGCUGCACGCCGAGUUCCCCUCCACGCGAUGAAUCCACGCGAUGAAUCCACCCAACGACACCAGAGCGGAGAGGAGCACCGAACAGAACCAGAACCAGGUUUUCACUCUCGGGACCUACAAACUUCUGGCGGGCGCCAUCGGGACCAUCGGAGCUUUCGGCUUCUGCAACAACGCGGCUGUGAUUGUUCUGUUCUGCCGGUUCAAGCGGCUCCGGACUCCCACGAACCUGCUGCUGGUCAACAUCAGCCUCAGCGACCUGCUGGUCUCUGCCAUCGGGAUCAACUUCACCUUCGUCUCGUGCGUCAGAGGCGGCUGGGUCUGGAGCCAGGCCACAUGCGUCUGGGACGGCUUCAGCAACAGCUUGUUCGGCAUCGUGUCCAUCAUGACUCUGGCAGCGCUGGCGUAUGAGCGCUACAUCCGGGUGGUGCACGCCCAGGUGGUGGACUUCCCCUGGGCGUGGCGGGCCAUCGGCCACAUCUGGCUCUACUCGCUGGCCUGGACGGGCGCUCCUCUGCUGGGCUGGAACCGCUACACGCUGGAGAUCCACCGGCUGGGCUGCUCGCUGGACUGGACCUCCAAGGACCCCAACGACGCCUCCUUCAUCCUCUUCUUCCUCCUGGCCUGCUUCUUUGUGCCUGUGGGCAUCAUGAUCUACUGCUACGGGAACAUCCUCUACACAGUUCAAAUGCUGCGCUCCAUCCAGGACCUGCAGACGGUCCAGAUCAUUAAGAUUCUGCGCUACGAGAAGAAGGUGGCCGUCAUGUUUUUCCUGAUGAUCUCCUGCUUCCUGAUGUGCUGGACGCCGUACGCCGUGGUGUCCAUGCUGGAGGCCUUCGGCCGGCAGAGCGUGGUCUCUCCCACCGUCGCCAUCAUCCCGUCCUUCUUCGCCAAGUCCAGCACGGCCUACAACCCGCUCAUCUACGUCUUCAUGAGCAGGAAGUUCCGUCGCUGUUUGCUGCAGCUGCUGUGCUCGCGGCUGUCCUGGCUGCAGCGGAGCCUGAAGGACCGGAGCCUGAAGGACCGGAGCCUGAAGGACCGGCCCCUGGCCCCGGCCCAGCGCCCCAUCAGGCCCAUCGUGGUGUCCGGGCUGAGCAGCAGCAGCGUGGGCAGGGCCCGGCCCAAGAAGAGGGUGACCUUCAGCUCCUCCUCCAUCGUCUUCAUCAUCACCAGCAAUGACUUCCACCACCUGGACGUGGCCUCCAGGGGCCCAGACUCCUCCGAGGUUAACGUCAUCCAAGUCAGGCCGUUGUGAUCCACAGAACAGACUGGACUCCUCCCCCCAACACUCAGAAUGCCUUAGGACCGAAACAUGCAAACACAAGCCAAAAUAAUCCGUCUGACCUGGACGACACCGUCACAGACUUGUUACAACCAACUGUAAAUAUCAACUGUUACCCCUGGAUUCCACUGGAUGCGUAACGGCUGCAGAUCCGUCCUCGGAGCCGUUACGCACCCAUUAUAAUCAAUGUGUGAGAUUCCACCGACUGCAGAUCCGCUGCGUAGUGAGUCCGACGACGACGCAUGGCCCUCCAACCAUUUAUAUACAGUCUAUCCCUCCAACACUGGAGCAGAGCUUCUGUUUUUGUCGGACGACGGAGCACGACGCAUAAAUUCAGCACAGAGCAGAUCGUUCGGGACAGGAAGUCGUGCACAGACACAAAAUAAAACAUCCGGUAUAUUUUCAAAAUAAAAUACCUCAGGUUCACGGCAGCUCGUAUUUCACAACUUGAAGACGUGAUGGUGAGCGGGGACAGACCUGAAGUCAACAGGUUAGAGGUUUUCACUCGUCUUUUCACCCACUGACAGCACAUACACACUGUACUGCUACAGAGCUAACUGUUAGCCUGUUAGCACAUACACACUGUACUGCUAAAGAGCUAACUGUUAGCCUGUUAGCACAUACACACUGUACUGCUACAGAGCUAACUGUUAGCCUGUUAGCACAUACACACUGUACUGCUACAGAGCUAACUGUUAGCCUGUUAGCACAUACACACUGUACUGCUACAGAGCUAACUGUAGCUAACUGCCACAAACGAGGUCGGCCGGCUCGUUAACAAGCCAGCCGACCUCGUUAGCGCUCCUUAGGAAGGAGUCGCUGGAUUUGUCUCCAGUCAUUAAUGAGGAGAUGUUGAUUCUCUUCCAGUUAUAUCAAUUGAUUACACGUGAAUUUGCGAGAUCUCGUGCGUCCUCGGGACUCCGCUGUCCGCAACAGCUCCGACACAGACGGAUCCGGUGUGUGUUGACGGACUGUCGAGAUAUGCAGCCGUUGCGGACGGACCCCUUUCGGAGUCGUUACGCAUCCAGUGGAAUCCCGGAGUUAGCCUUUUACUGUUAGCCUCUGCUAAUCCUUUUUCCUGACAGUGUUUUGUCUAACAGGUAGUAUGAGAGCUGUGGUGAUAUCAUGAUGUAGUUAACAACUAGUGAUAUGUUUCUCUUAGAAAAAAGAAUCACACUUAUUUGUCUAAUAUGCCACACAGUACACAACUACAGAACUAGAGGUGGAAGGAUCGACGUGUGAUAGCAGGUUUUUUUGGUUGGUACCCAACUGCAAGUGUGUAAAAAUGGAUAAUAAGCCUUAGCUCCUUAGCCAUAAACCAUGAUACACAAACUGACAUUAUUGUGUAUGGAUUCAAUAAAGAGAUCCUAUUUUAAGCUACCCAGCGUGUGUACCUUGUCUCAUUUCAAUCUAAAUCUCCAGUGUGACGGAGCAUUCACUGUGAAAUGACGUUUGGUGGAUUUAUAUGUAUGAGCUGCAGGAGAGUAAUUAGAAUAGAGGAGAUGAGAGAGGGACCUCGCUAUGCUCCACUGAGACACUCCUUCCUUUCAUAACCUCCUGGGCUGUCAGCUAUGAAUAGACUGAUGAAUGGAUGUCCAUAGAUGAUAAAAGCCGUAUUUAAUGAGGACGUGUGACGACUGAGUGCUCUUUGUUUUUAGACCGGUUAGUUAUAAGAUUACCAAGACAUUAUGGAAUAUACACGUUUGGUUUCUUGUUACUUUUUCAAUGUAAAAAUGUAGAUAACUCACUUAUAAACUCACCUGCCACUUUAUUAGGUACACCUGUGCAGCUGCUCGUUAAUGCAAAUCUCUAAUCAGCC